CGCCGCCUGGGGUCACUUCUACCUCCCAGGAAGGGAUAAAAAGUCCCCGCUUUUCAAAUGGUGACUUACCACGGGCAGUAACACAAUGGAGAGGAGCGCAAUCCGGGGGUGCAUGUUUAAGAACAGGGAAAUCGGGACCUAGGGGAGAUGAUUGAGUUUUCUUUUCUGAACUAUGAGCUUGGGAAGAAUGCCCAUGGAUCGAUCACUUACCUUGCGCCUUUUAUAUUGUUUGAAUGGGCAAGUUUGGCCCCCUCGGGUUGGAUAUCAUUUCUAUUCAUGGAGGCAUCGAGAAGGAUUAGGGUAGGGUUAGUCCUACAAUUUCAGCCCCAGGGUCUCAUAGCCCCCAUUUGUUGGUUUCCACUGGUAUAAUGAUGAACGACGCCGCAAAUCGUGCCACGACAUAACAUCACAGGGCACCUGGGUU